CCGCAGUGGGAGGAGCCGGGACGUUGGUGGGGGCAGAACUCCUCUCUCUCUGUCUGGGUUGCAGCGGCUGCCGCCUCCGCCACCGCCGCCGCCGCCGCCAUGGCCGCCCCGGCCGCCCCGGAGAUCAGCUUUUCUCGCUCUUCCCUAGAGGAUGACUUCAACUACGGUCCAAGCGUGGCUUCGACCAGCAUCCACAUCCGAAUGGGUUUUCUGCGGAAAGUCUACAGCAUUGUUUUUCUUCAAGUUCUCUUAACUACUGUGACAUCAUCAAUUUUUAUGUACUUUAAUAACAUACAAAUAUUUAUAUCUAAAAGCCCUGCAUUGAUGUGGAUAUCUCUCCUUGGAUCUUUGGGUUUGAUUUUGGCAUUGGUGUUAAACAGGCAUAAACAUCCUCUUAACUUGUAUCUGCUCUUUGGAUUUACACUAUUGGAAUCUUUGACUGUUGCUGUAGCAGUGACAUUCUAUGAUGUAUAUGUCGUUCUACAAGCUUUUGUGUUGGCUACUGCAGUAUUUCUUGGUUUGACUCUAUACACGUUACAAACCAAAAGAGAUUUCAGCAAAUUUGGAGCAGGACUUUUCGCCUUAUUGCUUAUUUUGCUCUUGUCAGGAUUCUUAAGGUUCUUCUACAAUAAUGAAUUAGUGGAGAUAAUCUUUUCUGCAAUGGGAGCCCUUCUGUUCUGUGGAUUCAUCAUUUAUGAUACUCAUCAACUGAUGCAUAAACUUUCCCCUGAAGAGUAUAUAUUGGCUGCCAUCAACCUAUACUUGGAUAUCAUCAAUCUGUUCCUGAACCUGUUGCGUUUGCUAGAAGCAUUUAAUAAAAAGUGAUUGAGAAUAAUAAAACUAUUUAAUUAAACGAGGUGGUUUGAAAUAUAGAUUGUUAAAAAAUUUUUUGAUCUCUAGUUAUUCAGUAUUUGUUGAGAUUGAAGCUUUACUAUUUUUUUUUAUAACUACCUGCUGCUAGAUUUUUGAUUUAGAAUUUAUGAAUAAUGUUUCAUAUUGUUUUCCAUUUUAUUUUGGAUCCUCCUCCAAAAUGUUUGAACUAAGUAGCUCUAACAAUAUUUUUUCUUUGUAAAGACUAGAAUUAGGUUUUUAACCCAAGAAAAUUCUUAAUUGAAAAUUUUAUUAUCUUUGAUUUCAGUAAGGACACACUAAAAAUUGUUUUAUUUCUUCCGAUUCUAAAUUUGCCAUAGGUUGGUAGUUUGCGAUUCAUGAAUACAUAAUAUAAAAUUAAGGUUUUCUUUGUAGAGUGAUUUUUUUAAAAAAUGUUUUUCCUUAAGUAUUAGAAAGUAUUUAAUUUGUUUUAUAUUUAGAAGGCCUUUAGUUCCAUUAAUCUUAAUCUGAAGGAGAAUAUUUAAUUGAACAUUUUGGAGCUGUGCAACUGACACUUUCAGAUUCUUCAGUAUUGUAAUAAAUUGUAAUUAAUGAUUUUAGAUCAUCCUUAAUGCAGUUUUACAUUCAAAUAUAAGUAUUAUAAAAUAUCUAUUUAAAGAUAAAAUAUAAAGUAUAAACAAUGACAAAUAUUUAAAUGUUGUAUAUAUUUAAAUUCAGAAUGUGUUUGUGUAUUUAAGAUGUGCAUAUGCUAUUAAAUAAGCUACAUUUCAAAAUGUCGGCAGAAAAAAUGAACUUUGUGGCUUUUUUUGAGAAUGCUGGGCCAUAGGCAAACAGCAGGUUAACUCAGUGUCUCUAAGGGUGUCAUGUAGUGAGAACAAUACAGAACUUAGUGAUAGAAGGCAUGGUUCUGAGUCCUGACUUAUUUAUUGUCAGUGGAACUAUAAAUUAAGUCCUUGAAUCUUUUAGGGCCUCAGUUUUGUCAGUUCUAAAGUAGGAAUAUUUAAACCAGUGAGAAGAAGCCAAAAGGAAAAGGGAAUGGCAGAGAAUGAGAUGGAUAGAUAAUGUCAUGGAAACAAUAAAUAUGAACAGAUUUUAGGAAAUAGUGGAAGAUGGGCCUGGUGUGCAAUGGUCUAUAGGGUCAUGAAGAGCAAUUGAGCAAUAGAAGGGGAGUUCCUGGGCUAUGUAGAAAUUACAUGACCUGCCGCAACUCACGUAGGUAAUAAGCUUUAGCUAUUCUAAUUUUUAUAAUUUAUUAUGAAAGUUUUUCUUAAAAGGACAGAUGAGCAGACUGAGACUUUGUAGAAGCCUAAAUGGGCUUCUUGAUGGAGGAAAUGCCAGUUGUGCUAAUAGGGUAAAAAGGUAACUGGAAAUCACCUGAUGCAGUAGUAUCAUCUCUCUUCUUAAUUCAGGGCUGAGGCUAUUGAACUGCUUGAGUUUGGGAGUUCUAAACUGCUAGAAAGCCUAUAAGGAGGUCCAAAUUUAGUUCAUCACCAAUAUUUUGAGUUUCCAAGAAUAGGAGUCCUUCAGGCUACCUAAAGAGAGGCAACCCAGGCUGGAAAAGGAGCAGGUAAUAAGCUUAGGAUGGCAGCUAGAAUUUUAGGUCAAAGGUAGAGGUUGAAAAGCAAGGAUGUGGUGCUGAAAAAUAGUCAGAAAGACUUGAUUGUUUCCCACUUAGAUGUGUAAGAUACCUUUACUAUUUGUCAAGUGCUUUUCCAUAAAUAUCACCAGAUUAUUAUAUUUCAGGGAAGUGUUUAGAGCACUUAACUUGAAAUUAAGCUGAUUUUAAUACUGCAAUUGAUAUUUUAAUAAUAGUAACUUCUUUUGCUUUUUCUAGCAUGGCAUGUGAUUAAUUUGCAUGCAAUUCUGCUUUCUCAAUUAAAAGGUCUGUGUGUGUGAAGGAAAGUAUUUUAAAUUAUAAAAGAUUUGGAUUUAUGAUUAACUUAUAAAAUGAAAAUUCAUUAUCUCUUUAAGAAACUAUUUAAAGGCAGAUAUGCCUUUGAAAUUUUAUAUGUAUAUGUAGAUAUAUAUGUGUAUAUUAUGUAUGUGUAAAUGUUUUCAUAACAUCUUAAAUGUAUAUGAAGAAUUUAGUGAUUUCAUACUAUUCAUGGUCCCUCAGUUUUUAAGAAUAUCUUUUAAAUUUGACAUUUGAUAGACUUAUUCAACAACUCCAAAACACUAGGAAUUCACCUGCCUUCUUUUAAGACCAAUUCUUUACCUGCUUUAUUAUUUAUAAGACAUUUGCCAUAGGAUCAUAGAAUCUCAAAAUAAGAAAGAGCCCUCAGGUCUUCUAACUUAAACACAAACAAAAUUAUGAAUCCUGUCUAUAAUAUUUCCUCAAACAAGUGAUUAUCCAGUUUGGGCUUGAUUACCUUAAAUGAUCUCUGUCUCCUUAUCUUCCAACCCAUUCCUUUUUUUGGACAGCUUUAGUUGCUAGUUUUUUCUUAUGUGGGGCUAAAAUCAGCCUUUUUGCAAUUAACAACUGUUCUAGUUUUGUCACGGGUCCAAACAAAUCCAAUAUUUGAAGGCAGCUAGUCUUACUCAAAACUAUUUCUGUGUAGGAAUGUGUGUAUGUGCAAUUAAAAUUUUUAAUUCUCCAGGACAAGAAUUGUAUUUUCAUUUUACUAGUACUGAUAAUGCUUCACAUCUGACUAUAUGAUUGUAUCAUUAAAUAAAUAAAGAUUCUUGGCACCAUAAA